UAACGACGAUCGUAGUUAAAGGCAGCUGGCAAUUUAAUUAAUGUUGUGUAUUAAGUGCUUGAGAAUUCGGCGAUGAAUGAAAUAAGAACCGAUGAAAGUGAUCGCCCCUGAAUCAACGAACGAUCAACGAAAAAGUGGAGUGCCAGUGGGUUCCAGCAAAGUUGUUUGCGCAGUGGCUUCAACUUCGAAUUAUAAAGGAUAUUAUGUGAAAUAAGAGCAGUAUAUGUUUACUAUGAAGAUUAAAAAAUAUGUAACUCCUGUAAAAAGAAAAGCUUUCAACAUAUUCCAAUGGAUUUCACUACUGUGUAGUCUAUGUGCAAUCCCAACUGUACAAAGCAAACCCGAUGAAAGGCACACAGCAACCCUCGAAUAUAGAUUAGAAAACCAAUCGCAAGAUCUAUAUCGGUUUAGCCAUAAUGUAUAUAAUGUUACCAUACCAGAAAAUAGUCUGGGAAAGACUUACGCUAAGGGAGUAUUGCAUGAAAGACUGGCCGGCAUGAGAGUUGGCUUGAACUCAGAAGUUAAGUAUAGGAUAAUAAGUGGCGAUAAGGAGAAGCUAUUUAAAGCCGAGGAGAAACUGGUGGGAGACUUUGCCUUCUUAGCUAUUCGAACUCGAACAAACAACGUUGUGCUAAACAGAGAAAAAACUGAGGAAUACGUAAUACGAGUAAAAGCACAUGUACAUUUGCACGACAGAAAUAUAUCAAGCUAUGAAACGGAGGCGAAUAUUCACAUUAAAGUAUUGGAUCGCAACGACCUGAGUCCACUAUUUUACCCAACCCAGUAUACCGUAGUUAUUCCAGAGGACACUCCCAAAUAUCAAAGUAUUCUAAAGGUCACGGCAGACGAUGCGGAUCUCGGCAUCAAUGGGGAAAUCUACUACAGUCUUCUGAUGGACAGUGAACACUUUGCUAUCCACCCAACCACAGGUGAAAUAACCCUACUGCAGCAGCUUCAAUAUGCGGAGAACUCACACUUUGAGCUCACGGUACUGGCCUAUGAUCGGGGGUCGUGGGUAAACCACCAGAACCACCAGGCGAGCAAAGCCAAGGUCAGCAUUUCGGUGAAACAGGUUAACUUUUACGCUCCAGAAAUUUUCACAAAAACCUUUUCGAGCGUGACGCCAACUUCAAAUCCAUUAAUUUAUGGUAUUGUCCGCGUAAACGACAAAGACACUGGAAUCGAUGGUAAUAUUGGUCGUUUGGAGAUAGUCGAUGGCAAUCCAGAUGGCACUUUUCUUCUGAAAGCGGCAGAGACCAAAGACGAGUACUAUAUCGAAUUAAAUCAGUUCGCGCAUUUAAAUCAACAACAUUUUAUUUACAACUUAACGUUACGAGCAGAGGAUCUAGGAACUCCCCGUAGAUUCGCCUAUAAAUCCGUUCCGAUACAAAUAAAGCCAGAGAGCAAAAAUAUACCCAUAUUCACGCAGGAGAUAUACGAAGUCUCAAUUCCAGAAACGGCCCCCAUAAACAUGCCUGUGAUAAGGCUGAAAGUAAGCGAUCCAGACUUGGGUAAAAAUGCAUUGGUCUAUUUGGAAAUAGUGGGUGGUAAUGAGGGCGAUGAGUUUCGCAUCAACCCCGAUUCCGGAAUGUUGUACACAGCCAAGCAACUUGAUGCUGAAAAAAAAUCAAGUUACACCCUAACCGUUUCCGCCAUUGAUCAGGCAAACGUUGGGUCCCGAAAACAAUCUUCAGCCAAGGUGAAAAUAGGCGUUCAGGAUAUGAAUGACAAUGAUCCCAUAUUUGAGAAUGUAAAUAAAAUAAUUAGUAUAAACGAAAACAAUUUGGCUGGCUCCUUCGUUGUAAAACUAACAGCCAAGGACAGGGAUUCUGGGGAAAAUUCAUACAUAUCGUAUAGUAUUGCAAACCUUAAUACGGUUCCUUUUGAAAUCGACCACUUCAGCGGUAUAGUAAAGACCACGGCUCAAAUUGACUUUGAAACAAUGAAGCGGAACUAUGAACUGAUAAUACGUGCAUCGGAUUGGGGAUUACCGUACAGAAGGCAGACGGAAGUAAAACUAUCCAUCGUCGUAAAGGACAUUAACGACAACAGACCUCAAUUCGAACGGGUCAACUGCUAUGGCAAGGUCACCAAGUCGGCGCCGAUGGGUACUGAAGUUUUUGUUACCUCUGCCAUUGAUUUCGAUGCUGGCGACAUAAUUUCAUAUCGGCUGAGCGAAGGCAACGAGGACGGCUGCUUUAACUUGGACCCCACAUCCGGUUCCCUGUCUAUUUCCUGCGAUCUGAAGAAAACCUCUCUAACAAAUCGUAUUCUCAAAGCUUCCGCCACGGAUGGUACCCACUUUUCGGACGAUUUGAUUAUCAAUGUACAUCUAAUGCCUGAGGACUUGGGUGGCGAUGCCAGUAUUCUACACGGUUAUGGAUCUUUCGAGUGUCGUGAAACCGGAGUAGCCAGAAGGUUGGCGGAAACAUUGGCGUUGGCCGAGAAAAACAACGUGAAGAGUGUGUCGCCAUCCGUUUUCAGUGACCUAUCCCUGACACCCAGUCGAUAUGGCCAAAAUGUGCAUAGACCUGAAUUCAUAAACUUCCCACAGGAGCUGUCCAUCAAUGAAAGUGUCCAAUUGGGCGAAACAGUUGCUUGGAUAGAAGCCAAGGACCGGGACUUGGGUUACAAUGGAAAGUUGGUAUUUGCCAUUUCUGACGGCGACUACGAUUCGGUUUUUCGAAUUGAUCCCGAUCGCGGUGAACUGCAGAUAAUUGGCUAUUUGGAUAGGGAACGUCAAAAUGAAUAUGUCUUAAAUAUUACGGUCUACGAUCUGGGAAACCCAACGAAAUCGACAUCGAAAAUGUUGCCAAUAACGAUUCUCGAUGUAAACGAUAAUCGACCUGUUAUUCAGAAGACAUUGGCCACAUUCCGAUUGACAGAAAGUGCCAGGAUAGGCACUGUGGUGCACUGCGUUCAUGCCACGGACGCUGAUUCGGGGAUCAAUGCUCAGGUGACUUAUGCCUUGUCGGUUGAGUGCAGUGAUUUUACGGUCAAUGCGACUACGGGGUGCAUUCGUCUAAACAAACCACUGGAUCGCGAGAAACAGGACAAUUAUGCUCUUCACAUUACGGCAAAGGAUGGCGGAAAUCCUGUACUAUCCUCGGAAGCUCUGGUUUACGUUCUGGUCGAUGAUGUUAACGACAAUGCCCCGGUUUUCGGAGUCCAAGAGUACAUAUUUAAAGUGCGCGAAGAUCUGCCCCGUGGAACAGUGUUGGCCGUAAUCGAGGCAGUGGAUGAAGACAUUGGUCCCAAUGCUGAAAUCCUCUUCUCCCUCAAGGAGGAGAUGCAGGAUGAGGAACUGUUUCGGAUCGACAAGCACACUGGUGCUAUACGAACCCAGGGAUAUCUGGACUACGAGAACAAACAAGUGCAUAACCUUAUUGUCAGCGCCAUCGAUGGCGGAGAUCCAUCUCUAACAUCGGAUAUGUCCAUAGUUAUAAUGAUCAUCGAUGUGAACGAGAAUCGCUUUUCUCCCGAGUUCGAAGACUUUGUGUAUGAAGGGAAAGUAAAGGAGAACAAGCCCAAGGGGACGUUUGUAAUGAAUGUCACUGCCCGGGAUUUGGAUACGGUUGACCUGAACUCAAAAAUCACGUAUUCCAUCACAGGUGGCGAUGGGCUGGGAAUUUUUGCGGUCAACGACCAAGGCUCAAUAACUUCCCUGUCACAACUCGAUGCUGAGACUAAAAACUUUUACUGGCUCACCCUGUGUGCACAGGAUUGCGCAAUAGUUCCCCUCAGCAAUUGUGUGGAAGUAUACAUCGAAGUCGAAAACGAAAAUGAUAACAUUCCUCUGACGGACAAGCCAGUGUACUACGUUAAUGUUACGGAAGCAAGUGCUGAAAACGUUGAGAUCAUUACCCUGAACGCAGUAGAUCCAGAUAUAGAUCCUACACAGUCUAUUACUUAUAAUAUCGUUUCUGGAAAUCUGGUCGGUUAUUUUGAAAUCGAUUCAAAGACAGGAGUUAUUACAACCACUGAACGCAAACUGGACAGAGAAAAUCAAGCAGAACAUAUUUUGGAGGUGGCUAUAUCAGACAAUGGAUCGCCAGUUCUAUCGUCUACAUCGCGAAUUGUCGUUUCGGUCUUAGAUAUAAACGAUAAUAGCCCCGAGUUUGACCAACGGGUUUACAAAGUGCAAGUUCCGUCUUCAGCUACUGUCAACCAAUCUAUUUUUCAGGUUCAUGCUAUCGACAACGACAGUGGUGAAAAUGGCCGAAUAACCUAUUCAAUUAAGUCCGGAAAGGGUAAAAAUAAAUUCCGCAUUGACAGUCAAAGGGGCCACAUUCAUAUAGCAAAACCAUUGGAAUCCGAUAAUGAGUUUGAAAUUCACAUUAAGGCUGAAGACAACGGGAUUCCUAAGAAAAGUCAAACUGCUAGAGUUAAUAUAGUUGUAGUUCCAGUUAAUCCUAAUUCGCAAAACGCACCGUUGAUAGUUAAAAAGACUUCUGACAAUGUCGUUGAUCUGACGGAGAACGACAAGCCUGGAUUUUUGGUCACUCAAAUUUUGGCAGUCGAUGAUGACAACGAUCAGUUGUGGUACAAUAUAUCCAAUGGCAAUGAAGACAACACAUUUUAUAUUGGCCAAGACAACGGAAACAUUUUGCUAUCCAAAUAUUUGGACUACGAAACUAAAAAGUCAUAUAAUCUGACUAUUAGCGUCACUGAUGGCACAUUUUCAUCGUUUACUUAUCUAUUGGUUCAAGUGAUCGAUAUAAAUGAUAAUCCUCCGCAAUUCCCUAAAGAUGUCUAUCAUGUCAAUAUAUCAGAAAACAUUGAAGAGGAAUCAGUUAUAAUGCAACUUCACGCAACUGACAGAGAUGAAGACAAGAAACUAUUCUAUCAUCUCCACGCUACCCAGGAUCCCACAUCCCUGGCUUUGUUUCGAAUCGAUUCUAUAAGCGGAAAUGUUAUUGUCACUCAGAGAUUGGAUUUUGAAAAGACGGCGCAGCACAUACUAAUCGUGUUUGUUAAAGAUCAAGGAGCGCCUGGGAAAAGAAACUAUGCCAAGAUCAUUGUGAAUGUGCAUGACCACAACGACCAUCACCCGGAAUUUACAGCGAAAAUUAUUCAAAGUAAAGUCCCCGAAAGCGCAGCUAUUGGCUCUAAGUUAGCCGAAGUUCGGGCCAUAGAUCGAGAUAGUGGCCACAAUGCCGAGAUUCAGUACUCGAUCAUCUCGGGUAACGUGGGCAGUGUUUUUGAGAUCGACCCGACUUUUGGUAUAAUCACAUUAGCUGGCAGCUUGAAUAUAAACAAGAUCCAAGAGUACAUGCUUCAAGUAAGGGCAGUAGACCUGGGUAACCCUCCUUUGUCAUCGCAGAUACCGGUACACAUAAUUGUUACCAUGUCUGAAAACGAUCCACCAAAGUUCUCAGCAAACAAUAUUGCCAUAGAAAUUUUCGAAAAUCUGGGCAUCGGAACGUUUGUUACUCAAGUCACCGCUCGGUCCUCGUCAUCUAUAUUCUUCAAUACUAUUUCCGGGAACACAAAUGAAAGCUUCCGCAUAAACCCCUCCACUGGAGUUAUUGUUAUUAAUGGAAACAUUGAUUACGAAAUAAUCAAAGUAUUCAACCUUACGGUCAAAGGAACCAAUAUGGCAGCUGAGUCAUCCUGCCAAAAUAUAAUUAUACAUAUCCUAGAUGCUAACGAUAAUAUUCCGUAUUUCGUUCAAAAUGAAUAUGUUGGCGCAUUGUCUGAAUCGGCUGCAAUUGGAUCUUACGUACUAAAAGUACACGAUUCAUCGAAAGAUCAUUUAACUUUACAAGUUAAGGAUGCUGAUGUCGGAGUAAACGGAAUGGUUGAAUACCACAUAAAUGAUGAUCUGGCCAAAAACGUAUUCAAAAUAGAUUCGACAACUGGCGCUAUAGAACUGUUAAGGCAUUUGGACUAUGAAACGAACGCGGGCUAUACUUUUGAUGUUACGGUUAGUGAUAUGGGAAAACCCAAACUACAUUCCACUACAACAGCACACGUUACAAUUCGUGUGAUCAAUGUUAACGAUUGUCCUCCAGUAUUUAAUGAAAGAGAACUCAAUGUAACCUUGUACCUUCCAACUUUUGAAAACGUGUUUGUUGUACAAAUUAAUGCAAAGGAUGCUGAUAACGAUACUUUAAGGUUUGACGUUGUGGAUGGAAACACAAAUGAAUGUUUUCAAAUCGACAAAUACACCGGCAUUAUAACAACAAGAAAUUUCGAAAUAUUAAAUAAUGAAAAUGAUCAGGACUAUACCUUGCACAUCCGUGCCUCUGACGGAAUAUUCUCUGCAAUUUUAAUAGUUAAAAUUAAGGUUCUGUCUGCUUUAGACUCAAAUUUCGCAUUCCAACGGGAAUCGUACAGAUUUUCUGCAUUUGAAAAUAACACAAAGGUGGCUACCAUCGGAUUGGUUAAUGUGGUUGGAAACUCACUGAACGAAAACGUCGAGUACCGUAUCUUGAAUCCAACAAAAUUGUUCGACAUUGGAAUCAGUUCGGGAGCCCUAAAAACCACUGGAGUCAUUUUCGAUCGCGAAGUACAAGAUUUGUACAGACUCUUUGUAGAAGCCAAGUCAGUUUUAUUUGACGGAAUGAACUCCAAUGUGCGCAGGGCAGUAACCUCUGUAUACAUAUCUGUCUUGGAUGUGAAUGACAACUGCCCUUUAUUUGUCAAUAUGCCGUAUUAUGCCACUGUUUCAAUUGACGAUCCAAGGGGAACGAUUAUAAUGCAAGUAAAGGCCGUUGACUUGGAUAGUGCAGAAAAUGGUGAAGUUCGUUAUGAACUAAAAAAGGGAAAUGGGGAGUUGUUCAAAUUGGACCGAAAAACUGGAGAGUUAUCCAUAAAGCAGCAUGUGGAAGGACAUAACCGAAACUAUGAGCUUACCGUGGCUGCUUAUGAUGGCGCCAUAACACCUUGUUCUUCAGAAGCGCCUCUUCAAGUGAAGGUGAUUGAUCGAUCGAUGCCCGUUUUUGAAAAACAGUUUUACACUGUUAGCGUCAAGGAAGACGUGGAAAUGUAUUCGGCUCUUUCCGUAUCCAUCGAAGCCGAAAGUCCCUUGGGGAGGAGUCUUAUUUAUACCAUAUCUUCAGACAGUCAGUCGUUUGAAAUUGAUUACAAUACAGGAUCAAUUUUUGUUGUAAACGAACUGGACUACGAGCAAAUGAAUUUCCAUGAUGUUUCUAUUCGAGCGACUGAUAGUCUCUCUGGGGUUUACGCAGAAGUUGUUUUAUCUGUUUCCAUCAUUGAUGUCAACGACUGCUAUCCAGAGAUUGAAAGUGAUAUCUACAACAUAACCAUUCCGGAAAAUUCCUCCUUUGGGACGCAAAUUUUGAAGAUUAAUGCAACUGAUAAAGACUCCGGAGCAAACGCAAAACUUUCUUAUUACAUUGAAUCCAUAAACGGGCAAAACAAUUCUGAACUGUUUUACAUAGAUGUCACAGAUGGAAAUCUGUACCUAAAGACUCCCUUGGAUUAUGAGCAGAUUAAAUACCAUCAUAUUGUUGUUAAUGUAAAGGACCAUGGAUCGCCAUCAUUGAGUUCCCGAUCAAAUGUAUUUAUAACAGUUAAAGACUUGAAUGACAAUCCGCCAUGCUUUGUUGAGCCUUCCUACUUCACAAAACUGUCUGUCGCGGCUGUUCGCGGACAAUUUGUUGCUCUGCCUAAGGCAUACGAUAAGGAUAUUUCUGAUACUGAUUUACUGGAGUAUAAAAUUGUUUACGGAAAUGAAUUGCAAACCUAUAACAUUGAUAAACUAACAGGCGUGAUAUCCCUUCAAAACAUGUUAAACUUCACCGAUAAAAGUAGCACAGUCUUGAAUAUUUCUGUUUCUGAUGGAGUGCAUACAGCCUAUGCUCGUUUGAAAAUAUCAUUAUUACCAGAAAACGUUUACAGUCCACAGUUCGAUAGAAGUAAUUAUGAGGCAAAAAUUCCAGAAAAUUUGUUACAUGGUCACAAUAUAAUAACGGUAAAAGCAACGGAUGGCGAUUUCGGCACGUAUUCGAGCCUUUAUUACGAAAUUGUUUCCGAAGAAAUGAAAAAGUUUUUUCUUAUCGACCAAUCUACGGGGGUUAUAACCUCUAAAGUAACUUUUGACCGUGAAAAAAGGGAUGAGUAUGUGGUGUUGAUGAAGGUGUCCGAUGGUGGCGGUAAAUUCGGAUUUGCAUCCCUCAAGGUUAUAGUAGAAGACGUGAACGAUAACGUUCCUAACUUCCUGUUAAAAGAGUACAAGAUUGUUGCAAGCACAACAACGGAAGCGAACACAACUAUUUUAACGGUCAAAGCAAAGGACGACGAUAUCAACGAAAAUGGAUCGGUUUACUACCAAAUUGUUCAAAAGUCUAUCGACGAGGCAUCAAAGGAUGUGAUUGAUAUUAACGAAAAAACUGGAGAUAUUGUCUUUAAACGAGAUGCCGGAUCCUAUGGAGUUGGCUCAUUUCAAUUUUUCGUACGUGCAUCUGAUCGCGGCGAACCUCAAUUUCAUUCCGAAGUCCCAGUUUCAAUCGAAAUAAUUGAAACAGAUGCAAGCAUUCCCGUUUUUGAGAAAUCAUCACUACUGCUUAAGAUUAUAGAGUCAACGUCACCGGGAACCGUGCUUACAAAGCUACACAUGAUUGGUAACUUUACGAUUAAGUUUUCAAUAGCAGCAGAUCAGGAUCAUUUCAUGAUAUCCGAUGGUGGCGAAUUGAUCCUUCAGCAAACACUAGACAGGGAGCAACAAGAAUCGCACAAUUUGAUUGUUGUGGCGGAAACUUCUACGGUGCCGGUGCUCUUUGCCUACGCUGAUGUUUUAAUUGAAGUGAGGGACGAAAAUGAUAACUAUCCCAAGUUCGACAACACAUUUUACAGUGCCAGUGUUGCGGAAAACAGUGAAAAGGUCAUUUCGUUGGUAAAAGUAUCAGCAACUGAUGCUGACACCGGUCCAAACGGAGAUAUUCGAUACUACCUAGAAAGUGAUACCGAAAACAUCCAAAAUAUUUUCGACAUUGACAUUUACUCUGGCUGGAUCACCCUGCUGACCUCCUUGGAUAGAGAAGUUCAAUCUGAAUACAAUUUCAAAGUAAUUGCUGCCGACAAUGGCCACCCAAAACAUGAUGCAAAAGUACCUGUAACUAUAAAAAUUGUAGACUAUAAUGAUAACGCACCAGCAUUUAAGUUACCUAUUGAAAGAAUUUCUGUGUUCGAGAAUGCACUGCCUGGUACUGUUUUAAUCAACCUACUCCUAAUUGAUCCGGAUAUUGAAAAACAGGAAAUGGACUUCUUCAUCGUUUCUGGAGACAAACAAGCUCAGUUCCAGAUCGGUAAAAGCGGAGAGCUAUUUAUUGCCAAACCCUUAGAUCGCGAACAAAUCAUGUUCUAUAACUUAAGCAUUAUUGCUACUGAUGGAAAAUUCACUGCCAAAGCCAAUGUGGAAAUAGAUGUAAAAGAUAUAAACGACAAUACUCCUUACUGCCUAAAACCCCGCUAUCAUAUCUCCACAAAUGAAUCAAUCUCUAUUGGAACUACACUAGUUGAGAUCGAGGCCAUAGACUUCGAUUUACAAAGCAAACUUCGCUUCUAUCUAUCUGGCAAAGGUGCAGACGAAUUUACUAUUGGAAAGGAAAGUGGAAUACUGAAGGUGGUAAACGCACUAGAUCGGGAAACAACUCCAAAGUAUAAACUAGUAGCACAUGUUCAGGAUGGCAAGGACUUUACUCAAGAAUGCUUCUCCGAAGUGAUCAUCACAGUCAACGACAUUAAUGACAAUAUUCCUGUUUUCUCAAUGGCUCAAUACAGAGUGAGUGUACCCGAGGAUGCUCAAUUAAAUACUUUGAUCACGAAAGUACAUGCAAUGGAUAAAGAUUUUGGAGUCAAUAGACAAAUCAAGUAUUCCCUAAUGGGCGAAAACCAUGAUUACUUUAAAAUAUCAAAGUCGACUGGUAUUAUAAGGCUGGAUAAGAAUCUCGACCGUGAAACAAUUUCGUUAUUUAACCUAACUGUCAAAGCCGAGGAUUGUGGCGUUCCAAAAUUACAUUCAAUUGCAACAGUAGCAGUAAACAUAUUGGACAUCAAUGACAAUCCACCUGAGUUCAGUAUGCGACAGUAUUCCUGCAAAAUUCUGGAAAACGCCACCCAUGGCACGGAAGUUUGUAAGGUCUACGCCGCCUCCAUAGAUAUUGGAGUAAAUGCGGAUAUUCACUACUUUAUAAUGAGUGGCAACGAACAAGGAAAAUUCAAGAUGGAUUCCAUGACAGGCGACUUGGUGUUAAAUGCAACUUUGGAUUAUGAAAUGUCAAAGUUCUACUUCUUGACCAUUCAAGCUAUCGAUGGAGGCACACCACCACUUAGCAACAACGCCUAUGUGAACGUGUCUAUUCUGGAUAUCAAUGACAACAGCCCCAGGUUUCUGCAAAACUUGUACCGUAUAAAUGUCAAUGAGGAUAUUUUCGUGGGAUCCAAGAUUCUUGAUAUCCAAGCCACAGAUGAGGACUCUGAUAUUAAUGGCCUCGUAACUUACAACAUUGAAAAGGGUGACAACAUAGGACAGUUCUCAAUAGAUCAGGCGAACGGAACAAUUAGCGUAUCAAGGCCCUUAGAUCGUGAGACUAUUUCGCAUUACAAUCUGGAAAUUCAAGCCUGUGAUCAGGGAAUCCCUCAACGUUGCAACAGUGUUCCAGUAAAUGUAAAUAUUUUGGACACAAACGACAAUGCGCCCAUAUUUUCCAGCGCCAACUAUAGUGUUGUUCUUCAAGAAAAUAGACCUUUGGGUUAUAUAUUCCUGACUUUCAAAAUAUCAGACGCAGACGAAUCACCCAAUACCACUCCAUAUACCUUCGACAUAAGGUCUGGUAAUGAGGGUGGACUUUUCCGACUGGAGCAGGAUGGGUCUUUGAGCACUGCCUCGCGAUUUAAUCACAACCUUCAGGAUGAAUUCGUGAUCCAAGUUCGAGUUUUUGACAACGGCACACCACCAUUGUAUUCCGAUGCCUGGGUGGUUGUGAAAAUAAUUGAGGAAAGCCAAUACCCGCCAAUUGUCACUCCCCUUGAAGUUACAAUUAAUUCAUUUGAGGACGAUUUCUCCGGCGCAUUUAUUGGAAAGGUCCAUGCCUCCGACCAAGACAAGUACGAUGAAUUAAACUUCAGUUUGGUGUCUGGAUCAGAAGACAUGUAUCAGAGUUCUAAGUUGUUUAACAUUUCCAACCAAACAGGAAAGAUCUACGCCAUAUCAAAUCUAGACAUUGGUCUGUACAAGCUUAAUGUGUCAGUUUCAGAUGGAAAAUUCCACGUCUUUUCGAUUGUCAAGAUCAAUGUAGAACUGGUAACCAAUGAUAUGCUCAAGGAAUCAGUUGUCAUUAGGUUCAGCAGGAUAUCGGCAUCUGAAUUUCUGCUCAGUCACAGGAAAACUUUCAUGCGCUCAAUUCGCAAUAUAAUGCGAUGUCGCCAAAAGGAUGUAAUUCUAAUAACCCUUCAAUCGGAAGCACAAAAACAUUCAGUAACCAAUCGGCAUGCGAGAUCAGUUGACUCCAAUUUAAAUGUGGUGUUUGCAGUGCGAAAACAGCAAAUAAUUCCCGAUUCUGAUGAAUUCUUCACCAGUGACGAAAUUCGACAAACACUGAUUGACAAAAAGAACGAGAUUGAAAACGAAACCAACUUGGUAGUGGAGGAUAUACUACCAUCCACUUGUCAGAGCAACAAAAACGCCUGUGUUCAUGGGGAAUGCAAACAGAUUUUACGAAUCCUGAAGAACAACGUAACCACCACCUUUACGGAUGUGAUAAGUUUUGCAGCUCCUUCGUAUAGUCAGGUGAACAGAUGCGUCUGCAGGCCUGGAUUCGAUGGAAAGCACUGCAAUGAGACGGUGAAUGCCUGCUCAACGGAUCCUUGCUCCCCGCAGAGGAUCUGCAUGCCUUCUGGAUCGGUCUUGGGGUACCAAUGUGUCUGCCCCAAAGGUUUCUCGGGAACCUACUGCGAAAGGAAGUCUUCGAAGUGCAGCAAUGAAUCCUGCGAUAUGGGUCUUUUCACUGCGGUUUCCUUCGGCGGAAAGAGCUAUGCCCACUAUAAGAUCAACAAAAUUAAGGCCAAAUUCACGCUGGAAAAUGAAUUCUCUUAUUCCCUGCAGAUAAGAACUGUGCAGCAAACUGGCACCCUGUUGUAUGCCAGCGGCAAGGUGGACUACAACAUCCUGGAAAUCAUAAACGGAGCCGUUCAGUAUAGAUUCGAUUUGGGUUCGGGCGAGGGAGUCAUCAGUGUGUCGAGCAUCAACAUCUCCGAUGGCGAGUGGCAUCUAAUAAGUCUGGAGCGAUCCCUUAACAGUGCCAAAGUAAUGGUGGAUAACAAACACGUCUCGCAUGGCAGUGCUCCAGGUGUGAAUGGCAUCCUGAACAUCCAGUCAAAUGAUAUCUUUGUGGGCGCUGAAGUUCGACCCCAUCCAUCGAUUAUCGGCUACGAGGACAUUCAGCGCGGCUUUAUUGGCUGCAUGGCCAACAUAAAAAUAGCCAAGGAGUCGCUGCCAUUGUACAUUUCCGGCGGAAGUACCAUUGCUGCCCUGAAGCGGUUCACGAAUGUCGAGUUCAAGUGCGAUCCAUCGAAUGUGCUGGUGCGUCUGGGUAUCUGCGGAUCUCAACCGUGUGCCAACAGUGGAAUCUGCAAGGAACUGGACACUGACGUUUUUGAAUGUGCCUGCCAGCCCCGAUAUUCCGGUAAACAUUGUGAAAUCGAUCUUGAUCCCUGCUCAUCGGGACCCUGCUUGUUCGGCGGAAGGUGUGACUAUCACGGGCCCAACAACUACAGCUGCACGUGUCCCAUUCACUUAUCCGGAAGGAGGUGUGAGUACGGAAAGUUCUGCACUCCCAAUCCGUGCAAAAACGGUGGCAUUUGCGAGGAAGGCGAUGGAAUAUCGCACUGCAUGUGCCGAGGCUACACUGGACCCACUUGUGAGAUCGAUGUGGACGAGUGCGAGAACCAGCCGUGCGGAAAUGGAGCGACCUGUAUCAACGAACCCGGAAGCUUCAGGUGCAUCUGUCCAUCCUACCUCACAGGAGCCAGCUGCGGAGAUCCCCUGUAUUCGAAUUCGAUAUCCACGAAGUUGAAGAACUUUUCCCUAGAGCACAUAAGCGGGAUCAUAUCGGGAGUGGCUGUAGUAUUAGUGAUCAUUAGUUGUGUUCUAUGCUGCGUGGUCAUUCGGAGGAGUUCCUCUUCGAAGCGCAGGAACCGACUUGAAAAGGACAAGAACAAGCCUUCGUACAAGGAGGCAAACCUAAACUCGCUGGUGGACAAGGACAAUUACUGCAAACCGAACGUUAAGUUAAGUAAUUUGGAAGUCAACCAGCGGCCCAUUAGCUACACUGCAGCCCCAAACGACAACCUGUUUCUCAGCAAUAGGAAUUUUGUAAAUAAUUUGGAUAUAUUGCGGAGCUACGGUUCAGCCGGCGAUGAACUGGAAAAUGUGCCAUUCGAGUACCAGAAGGUGAAUCGAAAUAAGCAGCACGUAAAUAUAAAUUCAUGCCAUUCCGCCGAUGCAGACAAUGCCUACAAGCAGGAAUGGUGCGAGCAAAUGCAUUUAAGAACCUUCAGUGAAAACAAACUGAACAAUGAACUCAAACGAGAUUUCGGACCAUCUGUUAGUCGCUUUUCAACUGGAAAACUCAUCCAAGUUGAAAUGCCAAACGUGUGCCACUCUUCCAGUGCGAAUUUUGUUGAUUAUUCAGCUCUUGCCAAUGGUCAAUAUCAUUGGGACUGUUCCGACUGGGUUCGCAAAAGCCAUAAUCCCUUGCCAGACAUAACCGAAGUUCCUGGAGCAGAAAUAGCUGACUCAUCGAGCUUACAUAGCAACGAUAGCAACGAGUCCAAGUCGAAGAAAGCGUUCUUCGUCCACAGGGAAGACGGAGAUGUUGAUCCGACUAGGGAUAUAGCUGCAUUAAAUGAGGAUAUCGGAUCGGAGUAUUUGGAUUCGGAGGCAGAGAGCUGUUUGGAGCCGUUUAUGUUGCCGAGAUCAAGUAAUCAGCCACUUUCAAGACUGAGUUCUUUUAAUAAUAUCGAGAAUGAAGACUAUAAAUCAAAUACAGUGCCUUUACCGUCGAAAGUUAGUCAUUCGUGCAAAGUAUAUUUAAGACAUCCUGAUUCGUAUUUACCGACGAUGCAUUUUCCAAGUGAGACAGAUGGAGAGAGCUCUAUGACCGAGGGGCCGAUUUCAAGGAAGGAAAUGAAGACCAGGAGGACGAUAAGUGAAAAUUCAGAGGAGGCAUACCUAUUUCCAUGCGCUGUCGGAGAAAUUGGUUCCAACAGCAAUAUUUCGGUUCGACUGUGCGAAAUUGAAGAUUCUGAGUUGGAAGAGUUUUUACCACAACAACAAACAAACAAUUAAAUGACAUGCUAAAUAUAUAAGAUCUACAUUUUACACAAAUUAUUUGAUUUCGUUAGAUACUAUUUUCCAUAGGAAAAAACUUUGGUUAUAUAUUUUCAAUAAAAAAUACAUAAAUAUA